GAUGAUGAUUAUUUUAUGCUGUGUGCCUAAUUCCUACUUCAACUUCUCUUCGCUGUUGGCAGUUUCCGACACAGUGCUCUGUAUAGCCGAGCCAGCAGCGACACGUAUUUCUUCUGUUCCAAAACUAUGCGACACCCCCUUUUAAUAAGCGCUGUUGUUUAAUGAUUGCCCUUUUCGCGAACCAACUUCCGCCGGCCGCAUUAGCAUUUAGUGACAACGUGGCCGACCACAUUCAGGCACGAACACUGAGAACGAGCAAUACCUAAUAUACCCAUACCAUGGACUUUUUGAAGUCAGCCGUCGCCUCGGCAAUAGCGAAGGGGAGCUCUCUUCCUUUUUCGCUUGGAGACAGGGUGGAUAGCAGCGAUGCUCUGUGGACCCUACAUAACGCCACCAAAAGGGACGAUGGCUCAAACUGUAGCGUCUUCACAUUCGACGCCAAUUCGAAUCGGUCUCGACUUCCCCUGGCGAAAAACGCGAUGCGCAAGUUCCGCACACUGAGACAUCCCGGAGUCGUGAAAGUGCUGGACACGAUUGAGACCGAGUCACAUAUAUACAUUGUCACAGAGAGGGUUACGCCGCUUUCCUGGAAUGUGAAGCGAAAGAGUAUUAGCGAGGAAACUGCUAAAUGGGGACUCUAUACCAUCUCUUCGACACUCAAAUUCAUUAACGAGGACGCGGCUUCUGUGCACGGCGCCGUGCGAGUUUCGUCUGUAUACACAAGUGAGAGUGGAGAGUGGAAGCUAGGAGGAUUCGAUAUACUAAGUUCAAUGAAUGAUGACGAAGCAAUUAUCUACACAUAUGGCAGCCUUGUUCCCGACUCUGCACGCUACACCCCUCCGGAGAUCAGCAAAGGAGGCUGGGAGGCGAUAAAGCGGAACCCAUUAGCUGCUGUGGAUUCAUACGGGUUGGGAAUUCUGAUAUAUGAAGUCUUUAAUGGAAGCUUUUCAGGAUCAGAUCAAGUCGGGAAGACGACCAAUGUACCACCGAGUAUGCAUCAGAGCUAUCGGAGAUUGUGCACAGCGAACCCUAAAAUACGGCUCAGUGCUGCGAAUUUCGUUGACCAAGGAAAGAAGAUUGGCGGGUUUUUCGAGACGCCAUUGAUUCGUUUAAGCGACGAUAUUGAAAGUUUGGGGUUGAAAAAUGAGGCGGAAAGAGAGGAGUUUAUUAAUGAAUUGGAUCAUCUAUCUGAAGAUUUCCCGGAAGAGUUCUUCAAAAUGAAGGUGCUACCUGAACUCCUGAAGUCGGUGGAAUUUGGCGGCGGUGGUCCCAAGGUUCUUACUGCUGUUGUCAAAAUCGGCACGAAGCUGACAGAUGACGAAUUCGCAUCACGAUUAACGCCUGUUAUUGUCCGACUAUUCGCUAACCCAGACCGUGCUCUGCGGGUCAGUUUGCUGGACAAUCUACCCUUGAUGAUCGAUCGACUACCGCAAAAGCUUGUAACUGACAAGAUCUUCCCACAAAUGACUUCCGGAUUCACCGAUGCUGCUCCUGUCGUUCGAGAGCAGACUGUCAAGGCCGUGUUGACUGUUAUCGGUAAAUUAUCUGACCGUGUGAUUAAUGGGGAGUUACUCCGAUUUUUAGCCCGUACUGCAAACGAUGAACAGCCAGGCAUUCGUACAAACACUACGAUUUGUCUAGGAAAGAUCGCGAAGAAUCUUUCUCAAAAUACAAGGACAAAGGUGCUUAUAGCAGCGUUUUCUCGCUCUGUGAGGGAUCCAUUCGUACAUGCGCGUAACGCUGGCUUGCUGGCCUUUGCAGCCACGAUAGAUUCUUACUCAGAGGAUGACUGUGCUGGCAAGGUCUUGCCCGCUUUAUGUCCUGCUUUGCUAGAUAAGGAAAAACUCGUGCGCGACCAAGCAAACAAAACUCUCGACCUGUUUCUACAGCGUGUUCGCAAAUACAGCAGCACCAUGGCCGACACCAUAAUACCUCCCCCGAGUGUAAAUGACGGGUCUGCCGCGAACAACACCAAUGCAGCGCGCAUUGGCACAUCAAGUGAUACAUCAUGGGCUGGAUGGGCGAUUUCGUCGUUCACCAACAAAAUCACCACUGCAAAAGGCGAGAUCGAGCCUACUAGCAACGGGAAUACACUGGCAGUUCCCGAACCCGUCCGUCCUUCAUCCGUACCUCAAUCAACGACGAAAACCCCCGUCGUAGACUCUCCCCAAUAUACUUCCUCUCAUCUACGAACCGUGGCGGCGCCCAUGGUGCGAGCAUCAUCCGAUAAUGUGACGACGCAGACGACGGCAGCAGACGAUGUCGACGAUGGAGACUACGACGACGCAUGGGGUGCCGAUGCAUGGGAUCAAGAGGAGGGCAAGGCAGACGAGGAAGAGACCUUCUUCGACACAACCUCCAGUCCAACACCGACCCCGGCCCCCGCAGUGGCAGUGCCGUAUGAUGAUGGCGGCGAACCCGAUUUUGCAGGGUGGCUGGCGGCACAGUCAAAGGCUAAGGCAAGCAAGGCUCUUCCCAAGGGAUUGAACAAAUCUGCUACUUCCAAGGGGCUCCCCGCGCGUUCUUCGGCGGCAUCGAAAACGUCGACGGCGCGAUCAUCGAAGCCUGCUGCACCUGCUAAGGUGAUUAAUACGAAGCCUAAAGAGGCGGAGGAAGAUGGCUGGGGAGAUGCAUGGUAGUCUAACAUUUACUGCAUUUGUGUACAGUCACUCUGCUGGGUCCAGAUAGAGGAGUCCAUAUAUUAAUAUCUGCCGAUAUCGAGCAUGACUAUAUUUAUUCACCAACAUUAAUACUAGUAAUCUACUGUGAUCCACUGUAACCAAUUGAUAUAUG